UGCUAGGAGGCGCUGUUGGAUCCCGGAAGAGCUGGAUGGUGAGGACGAUGAUGAUGAUGAUGAUGGUGACCACACCGAGAUUGAGGAGCUGAAGCCGCCGCCUGGUCGUGAUUCUCUGCGACACGUUGGUCCAGCUUUCGGCGGAAGCAGAUGUGACCUUUAAAGACGACGCUGCAUGGUCCCCUCUUCAGAGUCGGAUGUGUGGGUGUCCAGAGAUGGAAAGCUAUGAGGACUUCUGCCUGCGGACUUUGGCGUUACUGCAGGAAGAAGGAAAACUGAGGAGGAAGUGGACAUGCGACCCGCUGUGCUCCCUGAAGAGUCGCUCUGCCAUCCGCUUCCAUGGACGAGCUGCACUUUCACCUCUGCUGAGUGCAGAGCAGCGUGGUGAGAUGUGUUUCCUCAGACGGAGAGCAGUUCAGCUGGAGGCCGACAGACAGAACCAGCAGAGAAACAAGCUUCUGGCCCGGGUUCAGGUCAUUCUGGAUCACGCUCAGGUACAUGAAGAAUUGAGUGAAAAUAAGCUGCCAGUACAUAAAUCUGCAGCAGCCAGCGGCUACACUCUGGUCACCGACUCACCAGGGCUUCCCAGAGACUCUGGAUUUGGGCUUCAGACAACCGAUCAUCCCGUCAGCCUGAGCCCUAAAAGCCCCAUCCUAAAUGGUUACAAAGGAGUGGAAGAAGUGAAGGUGGAGAACCAAGAGAGGAGUGAGGAGGACGAGGAGGAGGAGGAAGAGGACAUUAGUUUGGACAGCCUUCUCAAGAGAUCGAGGGAGUACGUGAAGAGAGAGCAGGGGUCCACAGUUGUCAACUCAAUCCCCCAGACUCCCCGAUCAGAGAGCGUCUCUGCUGGUGAGAAGAGGAGCUGCAGCCCCGUGGUGGAUGCUGGUGUUCAGUUUGGGUUCAGUCUGCACCACAGUCCCAGCGGCCCACCUCAGGUCCAGCAUCCAGCUCUGUAUGACCCCAGUCCUCAGAGGUCCGUCUGCCUCUCACCCGGCCUGCCAGAGCAGUAUCCUCGCCUCCCCAGUCCAGAGUCCAGCGUUAGUCCUCGUCCACAGAGACGCAGACCUCGCCCAGUUUCUACGGGGAACAUCCACAUUUCGUUUCCCAUCGGCCCAGCAGACCUUAUCCCUCGAAGCCCAGGAAGGUCGGUGGAAGGAGCUGGUGUGGCAGACUGGGGAGAAGGGUCCACUGGUCUCUAUGGUUCAGCUGGGAGGGGUGGCAGCCGUCGAUCCAGUCACUGUGGCACCAGUCCAGUGCAGGAGAGCUGCAGCCCGGUCAGUGCCUCAGUGCCCGGCUCCGUGGGACACCAUGACCUUCUGGCGACAGGAUUUCGCCGGCGCUGCCACACCAUGGACAGCCAGCUGCACAGCUUGGAGCACAUAGACCGCAGUCAGGAAAGAGUCCCCCGCUUUAUGGCAGGAGUGACAUGGUUGGCUCCGAACCGGCGCAGCCCUGCAGCCCCGUUAAACCAGCAGUAUGAGAUGGAGAAUCCCUCUCCAUGUCUGAGGCCCCGGGGGACUCCUGACCUGGCUCAGGUCACACUCAGGAUGGGGCUGGAUGAUCCUCAGGGGCCAACCAGUGGCAGGAAAACUCCAAGUGUACUCAGAACCACUGCAGAGUCACAGGCUGGGACGACAGAAGAGAACCAGUGGCGAGCUCAGGCGAUGGAGGACAUGCAGAGGCGUCUGGAGGAGGAACAUGCCCUGCAGAUGUCUCUGCUCCUCGCUGAGCAGGAGAAGGAGCAGCAGCGCCUCCGCCUGGAGCUGGAGCAGGGCUGUGGCUGGAAUCGUAGGUCUGUGAAUGAAAACUGUCCUGUUAUGAGCCCAUCCUGCCCAGGACUGAGUCCAACCCACACACCAGGUGAGCGAUCACCUGGACACGGCAAAGGUUUUUCCAGUCCUGUCCCAUCUAGUGUCUCCUCUCCGUCUGUCCAGCAGCCGGUUUAUCUGUGGGGCUCCACUUGGGCAGCCAGCAAACCUCGGGCCAGGCUGAGUCUGGUUCUGACAGCAGAGCAGCAGAGAGCGUUCUGUCGGAUCGGUGCCAUCAUUCGAGGCUUUCUGACACGCAGGCUGCUCCAAACAGAGAAGGUCAAACACCUGCGUCAGACCAUCGUGGAUACACAGGAGUUCAUCCGUUCAUUUCAGACUGAGGCUCCACAGAAGAGAGGCAACUAUUCAGCACAAGAUCUGUCCCUGCAAGAGAGAGUUAGAGCUCAGUUACGUGCAGCCCUGUAUGACAUCCAUGACAUCUUCUUUGAAAUGCCGCUGGGCGAUCGCUUAGCGUUGCUGCAGCAGGACAGGGAGCUCCGUGCAGAGAGGAAGCUACGAGACAUGGAGAAAGCCAAGUGCCCCAAAGAGAGGGUGGCUCUUUCUGCUGCCACACAGAGGUCUCUGGACAGGAAGAAGAGGGUUGGUGAGUCCCCAGCACAGGUCAGGAAGAUGCAGCAGAAGCCAAAGAGCCCCACGACCAACAGAGUGUUGAAGCCAAGCCAGGGUCAAAAUUCUCCUGCCUCCGUCCACCUGAACCGCCAGGGGAGCUGGUACAGAAAAACCCCGGAGGAGAGAGUGAGACGCUCAGACAGCCUGAAGAAGCAGCACUCUCUGGGUUAACACAACAUACACUGACCUGAGAACUUGAAUUUUUAGUCUUUUAUUCCAAACUUUGCACCACAGAAACUCAAGUCAGCGCUGCUAAUGAUAUGAUUGUCUUUACCUUCAUGUGAUUGUAUUCACGACCACACCUUAACCCACUGACUUAACCCAUCACAAUCCUGUUCUAUUGACUGUUGCCACAAGUUUUUGUGUCAUUAACUGUUUUUUUAGAGGAAAAAAAACAAGUGCAAACCAGAAAAAAGGUCAGAUUUAAAUAGAAAACAGAUAAAAAACAUCUGUGCCUAUUAAACUAUGCCUUUGCUGUCUAUAAUAUUUUAGCAUGUACAUAUUUACCAGUUGUGUUCUUAAACAUGAAGUGCUUCUAGCUGCAAGUGGAUUUACAAACACUGUCACGCAAUGUAGUGGUCAUGAAAAUACUGUAUUUAAGUGUGUAUAAUUCACCAACUUAAGGUUUUUUGUUCAAGGGCUUGGAGUACCUGUUUGUGCUUUGUUUAUUUAAUGGUGCUCAGUUUACAGUACUUUAAAUGUAUUUCAAUAUUUGGUUUAAAUCAAUUCCAAAUGAAAAAAAAAUCUAAAUAAAUUUGUGCUGUUACACUCAUAGCUUCACAGAACAGGAGAUGGACAGCAGCCAUUCAGUGUGUAGACGGUCAGACUGAAUAGAACUACAUUUCUGUAAGCACAUUGUUCCACCACAUGUUAGUGAAUCAUUAAUUCUCUGCAGGGCCACGGUGACUGAUUAUUUCUGUGGCUCUCAGUCCUGUGAUGUUUUCACUGACACUGCUGUGCUCUCCUUUGAAAAAUGUUGUUUUUUUUAAUUUAAAUGCCAAAAUGUCACUUUUUUUUACAAUCAGAAUAAAUUCUGAAAUAAUUGGAA